AUGAGUAACGUCUCGAUUUUAUUCAUUUUAUUUUACAGAAUGGUGGAGGCUAUUAGGGAUCGAAGUUUUGAUUGGCUUAGCAACGUUGCAAGCUCGUCAACGACACUUGAAAAAGUGCUCAACACAAAUGGAAACUGCAAUAAUGUUUCUGGUUGGGAUGAGUUGGUCGACUUAUACGCUGCACGAUUACAGACAGGCGACAAUUCGAGUUGUCCAAGUUCUUCAAGAAAACGGCCGGGCAGCGAAAGUAAUGGAGGAGCCGCUGAGAAAAUCAGAAUCAUUGAGAAUAGAAUCAAAACAGCGAAAACUAAAAAUAAUCAACUGACUUGUCCAAUAUGUGAGUAUUCGAUACCACCAAAUAUCUUCAAAGCAGAUUUCGCAGUGAGGAAAUUCGUGCGACAUCUUCGUAAACAUGAAGGAGAGCUUGACAAUUCAACAAAAGCUCCCUGCACGUCAUGCUUCAGUUUCCAUAAAAAGUCUAAAAUGGACGAACAUUUUAAGCAAGAGCAUAGUGAAACUGAGAGGUUCGAAGUGCGUGAAGUCAUCUGCUUUACCAACUCGACUCAUAAAUAUCAAAAGUUGAUUGACUCUCUAGCAGCGACAUUGAAGAGUACUACCACUAUAGAAGAUAACUGCUCACGCAUUCCUGAAAACUCUAUUUUCACUGGUUCUACGAGGAUGGGGCUAGGGAAAUAUAGGGAAAAUUGUCGUCAGAAGUUCCUCGCCAUAUCUGACCGAAGCGCACUGUUUCGUUACAAAUAUCGUCAAACGUCGAAUUUACCUUUUGCAUGGUUAUGUCCACUAUGUGACGAGUCCGCUGCAGUUGCACGGUGCUCAUCUUUUCACAAUGACAUCUCGCUACGCCUUUUCGUGCUCAGGCAUUUUGCAGUUGAACACCACAAUCUUGAAGAUAUCGAAACAACCAUACAACAAGAAUGGGCAAUAUUAUCAUACGAGAUUGGAUUCGAUUUGGAGUAUCAUGUGAUCGAAACAGCGAAGCUGCUCCGGCAAACGCAACGAAGCAAUCUUUUCUACACCCUAAGAGGUAUAAAAACUGUUCAUCGCGAUGCACUUGUUCAUGAGAUGUUCGGGCGAAGUACAAACAAGGAAGAAAUAUGUGCUUCCGAUCACUGUAUAUGCAUCGUCUGCUUCAAACCUGUUCUGAAAAAGUCGUUGGGCAGACAUCUGUCGACUGCUGGACAUGAAUGGCUCAGUCCUCACGCGGAACACGGUGAAUUUCGUGAAGUUGCGGAGAUUUCUGAAGUAGGAACGAUGAAUUUGCACAAUUUUCCAUAUAUUGCUCUUUUUUACUCGAAAGUCUUCCGUAUUCGGGAAGAAGACGAUUGUGAAUCCAUCACGUUUUUGAAAUGGCGAUGUGUGCUUGAGAGUUCAGUCGCCGGCCACGUUGACGACGUCCUCGAAUUUCCAACUAAAGAGCUAUUGAAAAUCCACGCUCUCAAGCACUUUGAAACGUACCACCAAGAUUUCUUUUCUCCCGAGUACUACCAGUAUGAAAGGUAUCUUGUACAGUGCGAGGACCAUUGUUCUCCAUACUAUGAUGUGUCGAUUGCAGAGCUCUUCUACAACAAGAGCUACCGACUGCCACAGAUGUAUACUCUUAUUCUCCCCUAUCCUGGAGCUUUGACAAUGAGCCGUUUGAUACCACCAAUCCAAACCAUUUCAACGUCCCAUUUAGGACGAAGCUUUUGCCGAGGAGUUGUAACGAUAUCCAGAUAUGUGGCUUUUAUUUCUGGGGUGGAUUUCCUUCUCAAUUCGUUACUCAUAUUGCUAGUCACGGAUACAUUGACAUCGGAUUCUAGCAAAAAUGGAUCGCCAGCUGCUCGCAAUGAACAGGAAGCCAGAUGUCCCGAUUCUUCUUCGGCCAACCCGGAGGCUGAUGUACAUCCGGUGGAAAUCUUUGUGCCUCGAUCUGAAUGUUCCUCAGCUGAUGUAUCACGAACGAACGAUCCCUCAUCCACUGGUUGCACCGAAGAUCCAGAAAUUGGCGUCAUUGAGUUCAGUAAUGUACCUGAGAAAGAAGAGCCACUUUUCAGCAGCCUUGUUGUGCCGAAGGGUGAAGCUACUCAAGGUACAACUACCAUCCGCAUAGCUGCUUCAACCUCGGAUUCUACAUCUGCUGCCAAUCCGCCUUCGACUGUUUCAGCAAAUAACGAUGAAUCUUCGACUGCUUCGACUAAUACUGAACAAGACGUGGCUCCUGUUUAUGGACCGGAUAAUCUAGAUGUUCAAGAACACAAGCUGAUCAUUCAUCGAAAGUUCCUGUGGGAAGGACCUCCUCCACCACCUUUAGAUGCGGAGCAAACCCAACAACUUGUUUGUUUAGCGCGAAAUGAGUGCCCAUUUUGCACAACUGCUCGUGGACCUCGCGGUCUUCGUAUUCCACAAUUCGCGAACGACGAGAUCAAAGAAGAAAGUAUGCUCGCACAUGUUGUUAAAUUCCAUUACAAGGACCCCGCGGCUCGUUGGGUGUUGAAUGCGAAACGGUUCCACAUGUCGACUGGAGGUCGUCAAACCCCUCUGAAAUUUCUUUUGGAACCCACGAAUGAUGGAUGGUUGCUGUGCUCAUCGUGCGAAAAGGCAUCCUUUGACAGAAUAGCUAAUCUUCGUGUUCACUGGGCUUGUUGCGUUAAUGUUUGUGGAAGAUAUCGGAAGGAUCUACGUGAAGGAAGAUUGGUCCUUGAGUCGCCUUCAACAGUUGGGAAGCUUCCUAAGCGUCGAGGGAAAAAUGAAGCAGUUAAAUGCCCACUUCCAACAUGCGUUUCUGCGUGGCGUCCAAGCUUCAAAUAUCCUAAUUCUGUCACCCAGAUUGCACACAUGAUAUCUCAUCACGGCACGGAUAAAGAAGCUUACGAAACGGCAUUGAAAUUAGGAGAAACUGAAAGACUUGCUGAGGAAUUCCCCUUCCUGGAUGUGGCGAAAUCUUUUGCGAAUUCACUUAAUGGCACAGAACUAUGUCUUCAGUGUGUUAAAUGCGAUCGAGGGUUUCACUCUCCCUACGAGUUGGAACAGCACGCGAAGCGGUAUCAUCCAACGGAAAAGCAUUACUCGGGAGCACCAAAGUGCCCGUUUGGAUGCAGUAAACGAUUGCAACGGCUGAAAAGCGGGGUUACUGAUAACGUCUUGCGACUUCUUCAUGUUAUGAUAUGCCAUCUACCAGAUCCAGAUGCAGUAGCAUGGGUAGAAAAUUGGAUGAAAAAGCACGAAUCUGUCAUGGAGAGUGAACCUGUCUUCAAGUUUGACGUCCGGGAGUCGCUCAACACCUUCUGUGGAAUCUGGCGAAUGUCACAUCAUGUGCACUUGGUGCAGCACUUUGAUCGAGGGCCACAAAUAUUUCGCGCAUCGAAGGCGAGGAAGCGGUUGCUACGACCGCACAGAGAGAGAUUCUGUUAA